AUGGACCUCUCCGUCAAGAACCUCCGCAGCCUCCUCACGGAUCCCACACACACGAGAUGGAUAGCACCGCUGAUGCUCGUCGGCGAGGCUGCCCUCUGCGCCCUCAUCAUCUGGCGAGUGCCGUACACCGAGAUCGAUUUCACCACCUACAUGGCCCAGGUGCGCAUGUUCCUCUCCGGCGAGCGCAACUAUGCAAAGAUCACGGGCCCCACGGGUCCUCUUGUCUAUCCGGCCCUUCAUCUCUACAUCUACUCGAUCCUCUACGCCUUUACCGAGCAAGGGACAAACAUCCUCCGCGCCCAGAUCAUCUUUGCCGGGCUAUACCUCGUGACACUGGCCGUGGUGUUUGCGUGUUACAGGCGGGUGGGCGCGCCGCCGUGGCUUUUGGUGCCGUUGGUGCUGAGCAAGAGAAUGCAUUCUAUAUUCUUGUUGAGGCUGUUCAAUGACUGCUGGGCCACGCUGGGACUUUGGCUUGCCAUCUAUGCCAUGCAGCGACGCUACUUUGGAGGGGGAGCGGUUAUAUGGGGACUAGGACUGGGAGUGAAAAUGACUUUAUUGCUCGCUGCACCCGCGGUGGGAAUUGUCAUUUUGCAGGCCCUCGGUACAAGCGACGGGCUUUUCACAGGUCUCUAUGUCUUUGUCCUCCAUGUUAUCAUGUCCAUGCCCUUCUUCGAACAUGGGACAGGUUUCUCAUACGUCCAACGCUCAUUCGACUUUGGGAGACAAUUCCUGUACAAAUGGACGGUCAACUGGAGAUUUGUUGACGAAGAGACGUUUCUCUCUCCCAGUUUUGCUAUCGGUCUCCUGGUCAUCCACGUCUCCUUGCUGCUCUUUUUCUUCCAGACAAAGUGGAUCAAGCCCAGUGCUUCGAACUUGGCCGAGUUUGCGAAGAAGUACACCGGCGGCAUGAAAGAGGCGGAGGAGCUGAGGGUUUCAAAAAAGGUCACCCCGAGUUUUGUCAUGGACGCAGUCCUGGGAAGCAUGGUGAUUGGGAUGCUGUGCGCCAGGAGCCUGCAUUACCAGUUCUUUGCGUAUCUCGGCUGGGCAACCCCCUAUCUGCUAUGGAGAGCUGGUGGAGGUCCGCUUUGGGUGCUGCUGAACUGGGCCGUGCAGGAAUAUUGCUGGCUGGUAUAUCCAAGCACGAACGUGAGCUCGGCGGUGGUGGUGACAGAACUGGCGCUGCAGGUUAUGUGCGCUCUUGUUGCACCGCCCGUGGAUCAUAUUAGUCCUCCCCCGGCAAGCUCACAGGAGUUGAGGAGCUGA